CCCAUGGAAAGUGGAAACGGUUGAGCCGCUACUGUCCCUUGGACCUGUUCUCAGGGAACAAACAGAGAAUGUCCUUAGCCAUCAAGCACUUGAUAGAGGAACCUCAAAACAACUUUAAAAUCUUCAAGGGUGGAGAGUGUAUCUACAGCUGUAAGGAUGAUGCAGACGUGUUACAGGACCUAGAUGAAUUGGCUCAGCAUCUACGGCCAUACUUCCUCCCCAAUGGCAGCCUUAUGAACGGACACCAGUCCAGUAAGGUGGUUCUGAAUGAGUUGAUCCAGGUGAUCGUGAGUGCCCUGUUGAGUUCCUGGGAUUCCAGGAAGACUCACCUGUCUGAGGGCAGAGCGAGGUGUGAGGCCAGCCUCCUGCACCGGGACCUGCUACGCAACACUAACCACUGCCUACCCAAAGAUUGUGUCCUGGACAAAAUCCUGGGGACUCAGAUGCUGGAUAGUUUAGACAUUGAGGGGUUAAACCCCCUGUUUAAACGAGUGGAGCAGCAUCUACAGGACUUUCCUAAAGAGAGAAGUAGCCUUCAGAUAGACGGUCCGUACAGCCAGAGCUUCCUGGAGAAGAUCCAGAAGUGUCCAACUGAAGACGAUGGCUCUGUCGAGUACGCGGUCGGGAAGGUCCACCAGUACAGAGUUGCCAUGACAGCCAAGGACUGCUCUAUCAUGAUCACCAUAGCAACCUGUGGGGAGGAGGACGGGUUGGACCAGAGCCUGGAGAUCCAGCCUUCGAAGCCUCGUUCACCUACUCCGUGUCCAUCCUAGACCUGGACCCUAACCCUACGAGAGCAUUCCUCACCAGAGCAGACUGGACUCCCAAGAUAGUCAACCACUACCUGAGAAGCACCCUGCCCAACAACCAGGAACUAGCCAAUCAGAGUGUCUUCCUGGGCUGGGACAGAGAAGGAGAGGAACUGUACUCUGGUGUUCCCUCCUGUUUAACCACUCCUCUGCUGUCUGGCCUCCCCGCUUGGUGUUAUCAACACACUCCCUCUGCUGUCCUGUACCCUAACCCCUCCCUCCCCGUACCCUAACCCCUCCCUUCCCGUACCUAACC